GCGUAGGGCGCGGUGCAGGGGAGGCAGCGAGCAGGAGAGACGAUAUAAAACCGGCGUCAAGUCGUAGCUGUAUUUCAGUCUUUCAACAACACUUGUCGUAGCAACACCUAUUUCCGAAGACGACGAACGGCAAACAACAGGGACAACCACCCUUCUCCGUGCAACUCAAAUCCGGCCUCUGCAACGACCUACCCCCGUGAACCGUGCCGCUUUAGUGGGUGUCUGUAUGUGCGUGUGUGUAUGUUGUGUGCACGUGGGAGACAGUAGUGCCGUAUCUCGAAACCGAAACCCGCCAACCAGCUAGGGUGCAUUUGGGAAGGAAAAAGUGGAACCCGAGCCUAUCUCUUUCUCGCUCUCUAUCCCUCCCCAACGAUCCCCGACGAAUGUGCGUGCGUGUGUUUGUGUUCGGUGUGCGUAAAGUUGGAACACACUGUGGCCCUUAGAGCCCCACGUGUAGCAGCUGCGGACGGUGUGACAUUGCGCUAGCAGCCCAAAUUGAUGGAGCAACGAAUCGGUGGCAUUCAGUGGAGUUUGUGUGCGAAAGCAGCAGCAGCAGCAGCAGCAACAGCUGAGGCGACCGAGUGUCCAGUCACGAGUUUGCGUGUGUCACGGAGUUGUGUGCACUAGCAGUGUAGAGUGUGCAGUAUACGGACGAACCGGACUACCGAGUGCUUGUGCCGCGAUCAGGUGUUGAUUGUUGGAGCCAGUAGAGAAGACAGGAGAGAAAAAAACACGCGAUUCGGACAUACCGUAAGCCACCGUGAAUGAACAUUUGGAACACAACCAGCGUGCUUUGUGCGGAAGCCAGACUAGAGGAGUAGCCCUCGAAACACGGUGUGGUACGGAGAAAGCUAGGUCCUUCAGGAAACACUGCCAACAAAACGGUGGCACUGAAGGUGGCAGUAGCUGAGCAUCCAAGUGGAAACGAUUGCUUAUCCUCGACCCUUGAACUCGCGAUCCUCAGUGAUAUCAGAACAUUCGGAAUCAGGUCUAAAAUUCUUUGAAGCAAACACACCAGUCGUCCAAAAGAAGUUGACUAGCACGUUUCUAGCAGGUGGAAGCGUGCCUAAAGUUUCCCACAAACCCGGUCUGAAGGAAGACAACCAUCCGUUUUCCAUCGAGAUUUCGCGCAACCACGAACCGUAGCGACCGUAGAUUUUCUUUCUGCAGUGCGGAGGAAAAAGAUACAGUACGCUAAUCGCCCUUGCCCUUUGCUUUAUGCUCACCGCCCUUCACCGAGGCAACUACCACCGUGUGAGCACCCUAAACCGUGGACUUGUCGUGUCGAUCGUGUCGAACGUGCAUGCACUCAGGGCAAGCCAGUGAGUGUGUUGCGGCAAUUGUGAAAGUACUUGAAUUCCGGUGGAAACGAACCGUUCAGUGAAAGAGGUGCCUCGGCAGAAAGCUCUAACGCCGCUGUAGCUCACGCCACGAAAUCUUGGCGCAGCAGUGAAAGGGAACGAAACCGUAGCGUAGCCGGGGUUUGCAGUGAGUACGAGUGUGUGUCUGAGACUGAGCUGAAGAGAAAUUUACGCCACAUACACAUUAGCCGAGCGAGUGUUGCGGCAGGAAGGACACGACGACACAGCAGCCUACAACAACCAUUUGCGUACGAAAAUUUGCAAACACAGAAGCUCAGAAAUCGGUGCGAUCGUGUGUACGAUCUACGGGGACUUGCUAGUGGGAUUAGCUGAGCUACUAUUGGUGUGGUUGCACAUCACGGUCCAUUCGGUUGCAGGGAAACAAGUCCCCACGAAGCGCACCUUCAGUAAACAAUAAGAGUAUACAACUUUGCUAGAGGAGAUCUGCUGGAUUCGGAAUUCCUCUGUCGAAGCAAUCAACAGACUGAGGAGGUGAUAGCUGUAAAGCAGGCUGUGUUACAAACAAACAAAUUGUACAAUCUAUGUCGCGGUGUGCGCGUUUGUAAAUUUACUGUAAUUAGUAGGUGAGUCACCGUCGAACGGAACUGAACUAACUCCCAACCUUCAUCGGACCUUUUCCCCCCACAAAAAGACUGGAUUAGCAGCGAUCGGAACAGGUGACCGCACCAAGUGCGCCAACAUCGAUCGACGAACGAGCUAAAGCAACAGCAGCAAACAGUGCCUUCCGUCGAACCUUUUUGCUAAAACCCUUACGAAAGUAAAGUUACGGUGACAAAACUCGCCUCUGGAAAACGUACAAGAGGAAGCCAUAUUAGCCAUAUUAGUGGACAAGAAAGAAAGCAGUACCGGGCGCCGAAACUCUAACCAGUAUGGCCGACACAAAGACGACGACGACGACGCCGACGACGGCAACGUCCAGUGAAGCAACGAAUCUAGUGCCACCAAGCACAGCCACGGCAACGGAAAUGGCAACGCAAACUGUCGUCGCCAAGAGUGACGACCACGGGCCCACCAGCGAACAGACGACUCCGGCGGAGACCACACCGGCGGUGAGAACGAUGAUCGAAACAGCGACGAUGACUGACGCCACUGAGCAGCAGGAAAGUGAAAGUUCCGUACCGGAGUCACUGCCAGCGACGGAAACGGUUGCCCCGGUAGAAGCGAAACCGAGCUUGCCGAGUGAGCAGCCAGUCGAGCUGGAAGGUGCCGCCAAGGAGGCGGUCGAAGCGGAAGAAGAACCCGACACACUGUCACCGCUGAUGACGGACAAUCAUACGUUCUUGCAGCAUCAGGAGCUGAUGCGCGAGGAACCGCUGGUCGAUGAACAGCUGGCGUCGGACGAGCCGGGAAGCAGCAGUCCUCAGCAACAUUUCCACCGUCACCAUCAUCACCACGGUGGCGAGGAGGUGCACGAUUACGGUAUCUACGAUGACGAUGAGCAGGAAGACGAGGACGAGGACGAUGAGGAUGAAGAUAUCGAUGAUGAGGAUGAAAUGUUUAUGCGCGAUCAGGAUGAUCAGGAGCGCAAUAUGAAGCACUCCGACACGAAGGAAUCAAUCAGCUCGAUCGAUAGCGAUGUUUCGCUGUCGUACGAUCGGCGGAGUUCCAGCGAGCUGCCACAACAUCAGCAGCAGCUCCGGCAGAACUCUGAGGAUGCCGGUGCCGGUUCGUCGGAUGAUGCGGCGAAGGAUUCUGGGUGCGAAAUCAUGAAGAAGUCCUCGGGUGAAGGUGCGAAUGAAGCUGGCACACAGGAAGACCCGGAGGAUGGUGGUGCGUUCGAGAUCCCCGACGAUGAGAUGUGCGAGCGGAUCAUUGAGCAGGUGGAGUUCUACUUCUCCAACGAUAACAUCCUGAAGGAUGCGUUCCUGCUGAAGCACGUGCGUCGCAACAAGGAAGGCUUCGUUAGUUUGAAGCUCGUGUCUAGCUUCAAGCGUGUCCGGCAGCUGACGAAGGAUUGGCGCGUGGUUGGGUACGCGAUCAAGCGCAAGAGUGUAAAGAUCGAGGUGAACGACCUGGGCACAAAGAUCCGUCGUUUGGAUCCGCUGCCCGAGCACGAUGAAACGACGCCUUCGCGCACCGUUGUCGCUACCGGACUGCCAUACGACAAGUACACCGUGGAGAAGGUGUCCGAGCUGUUCUCGAAGUGUGGUGAAAUUUCGCUGAUCCGUGUGCUCCGACCCGGUGGCCCAAUCCCGGCCGAUGUGCGCCAGUUCAUCAACAAGCAUCCCGAGCUGCAGCAGAACGAAUGUGCGCUGGUGGAGUUCACCGAGUCGGCAUCGGCCCGCCGUGCCCAGGCCAUGACGGAGUUCGUUGUGCUGGAGCUGGUGGCACCGAAGAAGAAGACGGGCAAGAAGGCCACCAACGUGACGAAGUUCGUCGAGAGCUACAAGGUCGCCGCUGGACAUGACAUUGAGCGAAGCCGCGGUGGCGAAGGGUUCGAUCGCUUCCGGAUGCGCCGCGGAUCGGGCUUCUAUCCCAAGUCGGACAUGAUGGUCGGUACGAUCUACCAGCAGGCGCAAGUUCCGCCGCACCACCACCAUCACCAUCACCAUCAGAUGCUGCCGAUGAUGAGCCAACCGAUGCAGGCUCCACACCAGCAGGACCCACUGCACCAGCAGCAAUCGCCCCCGAUGCCGUACAUGGUGCCUCACUCGCCCCAGCCACGCAAGUACUCGUUCGGCAACGAGACGUACGAGUGCUAUCAGCCACAGUCGGCUCAGCAGCAGCAACGCCGGUCCAGCGCUUACUCCCUCGGAUCGGACGCAUCGCGCAAGUUCUCCAGCUGCUCGGAAGGUUACUCGAGCUGCGGUGAAAUGUCGCGCCGUACGUCCGCUUGCUCGUCGGUGCCGGCGGAAGGCAUGUCGCGGCGGACGUCCGCCUGCUCGGAAGUGCCAUCGUCCCGACGCUCGUCGAACUGUUCGGACUUUUGCUCGUGCAAUGCGCGUCGCAUCUCGCAGUGCUCUACCGAUCUGAUGUAUCGCCGUAUGUCCCAGUGCUCGGCGGACCACACCGGUACGCCGGUACACUCGGCUCCUCGCAAGUAUUCGGUCGGUUCGAACUACGAUCGUAAGUACGCCAACUCGCCGGAACUUAUGCAGCAACAGCAGCAGCCCCAUCUUCUGCAGCGUCGCAUCUCGAUGGACUCGACCGGCGGGUACGAUCGCAAGUUUUCGUCUGGUUCGAUCACGGGCUACCACACGGACGGAAGCCCCAACAUCUCGCCCCGUAAGUACUCGUCCGGUGGAUUCGAUCCACUGCGCAAGCUAUCGAACGGUUCGGAUCAGUACUACAAUGGCCGCAAGAUCUCGACCGAUUCCGGGUACGAUCGACGCAUCUCGAUCGGAUCGGAAUGUUCUGGACCACGAUCGCGUGCUGGCAGCAUCCUUUGCAAUCAUGCGGGCAACACGCCCCUACCGACGUCCGCCAGUGAAGCGGUCGUUCGCACUCCGAUCGGACCGGAUGGCAGCAAGGGUUUCGGUACGCGUACUCGCCGCAUCGGACAGAUUGUGCCACCGGCUUAAGGUGGGGUGUUGGCGUGAUCGCAAGCCGCCUUCCUUGCAGUGCAGUAUUCUGAUUCAUCUUCCACGAAUAUCGUCAAUCUUCACACACAUUGGUUCAUCGUUUCGGUUAGGUAUCUCUGGCGGGAGUACUGUGUGAUCAGCAUCACUUGUUAGGAUUAGAGAGUUUCAGUGUGACAUUUCGACGGCAGCUUUGCAUCCCAGCCCAUCCAUUCUAAGCGUCAGCAGGCGAGGUGCGUAGGGUCCAGAACAACAACCCCCAUCAGUGUGCGAGGGCUUCGUUCGAAUCACUUUCACUUACAACCAGCUGGUGGCCUAGAUUAGCACCAGCAUCGGUAGGAUUGCAUUCGCACGCCAGCUCUCGUUCGCUCGCUCCCGCUCUCUCGUUCACUGCGCACAGCUCACAGUUGGCAGCAAGUUCAGCGCCACGACGCGAAACAUGCGCGGUGGUAUUGCGCAAGCUCCCAGCGAGCGAGCAGGGAACGAGAGUCAACGAGCGCUGAGCGAGAGAGCUGGGGCGCGUACACAAAUGCGUACGUGGAGCUGUCAGACGGCUCGUGAGCUGUAUCGACCGAGCGUCGGGCAGAAACGUGCGCAGACAAUCUGACGACCGAAACACACAGAGUGUAUCACUGUGUUUGUACAGCCGCAGUGCGCUCCUUUUUUUAUUUGCAAAAAAUCCCACAACCCCAGACGCUCUUGACGGGGGGGCGGGUGGGCAUUUUUCAUCUCACGAUUCGACGACGGGCCACAGCUUCGCACGAUCGCUCGGUACAGCGUACGCCACCAGUAGUGUUGGUGGUCGAUCGUUUACCCCUCAAAUUGCUCACAUUGCGAUCGCGUUUCACGCCCGACCAAGCCCUCGCGCGCGCGAAAGAUUUCAUUGAACUUAUUUUAAGGAUCGCGUGUGCUCCUGCGGCUUAAGCUAACCCUCACUUAUUUAAGCUAUGCGUCAUCAGCACCUUCACUUUGCUGUUGCUGCUUAGCCCGAGACUCGCCUAAUGAUCUCGCCCGAUCCCGCAUCUCUAAGCCGCACGAGACAUUUUGUUUACUCGGUGCGCGCACCGAGCGACGAUCAGUAGCGAGACGAGAACGUCAAAUGUCUACGCGACCUUGCUGCUCACGUCACCGCGCUGCCCAGAAGGGUAGUAGCAGGUUCGGAAUGCUUGUCGAAAGGUUUUAUUUAUUCGCCGUAUUUUGUGUUCGCGUUAGUAAGUUAUCGUUCUUUGAUUAGUUUUGUUUUCGGUUCGGCUCCAUGUUGUUGUUUUGUAAGCGCUGUAGAACUUAAGGUUUCGUUUUAGUGGUGCGAUCGAGCAGCGAAUGUUUUACAUGUCCCGAUCGAAUGCGAUCAAAUGUGAAUUAAUAGUCCGUCGGAUAAGAGACUUAGCAGCUUAGGAUAAGAAUAGAAUCGCUUAGGGAUCGCUCCUAAGAGGUAGUAUAUAGUAAGAGAUAGUAGUUUUAGCAGUUUUGCCCCGAUUUUCGCAUUGAAGAGAGAAGAAACAAAGUUUGGAAAAGGAAAACCCGCGACCAGUUAAACCGAACGAACGAACGUAAGCGAAAUCUGCCCCGAAACGGGUUACGAACGGAUGCCGAACGGGCAAAUCCGGUCCCUGUCCAUCUGGUUGGAUAGGUCAAGUUCUGCUCCAGUGACUAUACCACCUGGUUGAAUUCUCACGCUCUCGGCCGCGUUGCCGUGCUGGACGUUUUUGGUUAUCGAAUGCCGUUUUUUUCGUGUUGUCAAUCAGCAAAAAAGAACUACAAAAUGGUAGUUCGUGGACCUUGACCUACUUGAGGUUUGUUUUUUGGUAGGGCAAGCAGGUAAACCGCGCAUGGUGUGGAUAAAGUUUUAGUUUCACGAUUUUUUAAACCUCAUCGCAAACUCACACUUGGGUUAUCGUGGCGUGCUUUCACACACGAUCGUUGUGGAGUGCUCUCGUGGAUACCGCAACCACCACCACCACCAUAUUGGAUUGAGUGACACUUGCCACUGCCAACCACGCACUCACCUGUGUCAAAUUAAGCGUACAAUUAUCCACCAGCGUAUCCCGAACUAGGUGUCGAUGCAGGGAAAUAGAUGGUAUUAACCGAAAUGAAAGCAUGACCUGAUGGCGGACAUUAGCUGCGCCACGAUCACCGGGGGAGGAAAAAAACGCGCCACCUGCAGACACAAUUACUUCCCAAUUCCUAAAUGGAUUCGGUUUUCUCUCCGCAAGUUUGAUAAAUUGCACAUACCCCGAGAUGUGGUAACCGAGUAAUGUGAUACAAAUGCUUGGGGGGUUUUUGUCGGUGCCGUUGUACUAGUCUUGUUUUUUUCUUCUACACUUCUCCCAAUUUUGUGCACCACCUCGGUCUCGGUAGACUUAAUUUCCGGUCCACGAGCGCAUUAGCUUCCCGCUAGACUCGUCCGAACAACAGUAUGACAACGGUUCGUUAGCUUUUCGAAUUUUCAUUGCUCCGCAUUCGAUGGUGUGGAAAAUGUACCUCAACAGACGUACAGCAAUUGGUGAGCCCAAACCUCCCCAAACCUAGCUAGCUCGCCUCAGCGGCCGUAGACUGAGGAAGUGAAAUUAUCAACUCGCUGUGCGGAUGGUUUCGGCCGAUGGGUUUUUUCGUUAGGGUACCCCUCCCCCCAUUGUAAAGCACACUAAGCCAUCGUUGUUAGUAGCAGGUGAACAUAAAGAUUAACGACCGCAUUUCACCACCGAGCGAUCGACGUGGAUUGGCACGGAAGAAAAAUGGCCGGAUAGAGCCGGGUCUUCGAUAUUCCACUGUCUAGUGGUGGUGUUGCUACUGCUGCUUAAGCAUUUGGAACAAUGGAUCUUGUUUGAUGUUCCGCCGAUGUUUUGGAAGGGCCAGGCUAAGCUACGGAUUAUUUCGAGCGGUUUAGGUCUUAUUGCGGACGACUACCGUAUGCACAAUUUGCAUGCUUUCAUACUAGCUCCACAACACUGCGGCUAUGACAGGUAGAGCCCUCAUUUUGAUGGAUGAUCGUGGCAGUUCGCCCGGUAAAAGGAAGCAAUGAGGUUUGAUGAGGUUUCGUUACUAUCAACUGCUGCUCAUUAGCGGGUGGAAGGGCAACUACACUACACCCGAGCGAUUUCAUGCUGGGGAAACAACCUGCCAAUAAUAAUUACUACCAGUCGGCGUGCCGGGUUACUUUCCGUGUACGAAGUUACACUGCACGAUAGGACGGGUAGGCGAAGAUCUUUGUUGCGAAAACGAAACCAGCUGGCAUACAGUUAGUUCCACCCGUUACAACACUGAACAAGGAUGUCUAUUCCGUGCUGGUUUCCGGUACGGGAAGUGAGCUAAUUCGAUGAUGGCGGUUAUCAUCGUUCGUCGCAUCGUUCGUGGAUCACGUUCGUUCACGGUUUAGGGUCGCGCGGAGAAAAACCAAACACUUUUCGUGCUGCUUGCAGUGUAAAGGCAUUAACGUUUAAAAGUGGCUGCUAUGACAGUUAGUUUAGUAUGGUCUCGAGUAACGAGUAUAUUAGUAAUCAGUGGUGUUUUCGUUCGUUCUGCUUAAUUACUGUUUCUUGAUUCUUUCACCACCCUACGAAAACCUUUUUAAAGCCGCUGCUUAUCGCAAUCUUGCAUACAUAGAGAUAGACAGAUACAGAUACAUACAACAGGCGCUGGGAAGAAUGCAACAUACAACUGGACGUGCCCGGCAGGCGGUACCUCCAAAAUGCUGAUGCUAGUCACAUUUUUGGGGGAGGAUCACAUGCUCGAAGGGACGGCCCAGAAUAUUCAUAGUACUCGAUCUGCUGCGUGUGGAUCAGAGUUUUAUUUUUUCACUCGUAAAACGAAAUAGCCAGACAGUAGGAAAACGGAUUUAUACUUGUAAGUACUUUAAUAAUUAUAUUAAUUAUGGAGACAUGUCAAGCCCGUGUGUCCCUCCCCCCCCCCCUCCAUCCCUCUUCCUAUUACCUUUACCUUCCCAACAUCCUUUACCCCGCCCUACGAUGAAGUUCGUUCUGUUAUUAUAAUUUGUAAUCAUCAGCUAUUAUUUUGGUUAAAAUAUUCCCCCACCGGGGUUUAUAAAUAACGUUAAGCAGGCAACAGACAGGCAGCAAACAGAAGUAAGAAAGAAAACAAUACGAGUGCUAAGCGUAAUCAAUGCAAUAACUACGCGAUACCCAGUGAUCCAACUCCAGCCACGAAAGCCACGCAUGGCAAGCGCCGAUAGGAAUGCCCGUGCGCAGUUUUCUGCCGUGUGGUGCCUUCGCUUGAGCUAGACAUUUAAUGUGUACGUGUAGUUUCGAGGAGCGUAACGUGUAUUAUUUGUCUAAUUUUAAGAACGGUUUUAUGUCGCGAAAUAGCGAGCGUCACGCAUGGUGGCGCUUAGUUGAUAAUACUGGUGUACUGGUUGGAGAGCGAGAGUGAGUGAGUGAGAGAAAAUGAAUAGAAAUACAGGAAAGAAAGUAUUUUAUACAUGUA